GAUGCAAUUCCUUUGCAGUUGAUCGAUCAACAUGUACUGUUGCGUUUUGUCAUGUGGAUGGAUUAUUUCAUAUUUUGUUCUACGAUACUUUCAUCAUUUCUACAAAUCUAUGUUCUGCAACAGGCCAAUCGACACAUACGACGGGGAGCUAGUGAUCAAUGCUUACAUCCUUUGUUUUUGCAUAAAAAUAAUUUAUUCUCUUUUAGAUAUUCGUCUUACGUCACGCGACGUCGUGGCAUCUCGUUAGCAUUACUUGUAUGGGCAUGUUGUGUCAUAUUUGUCUCGGGAGCGUGGUACUUCGAGUGCUUCAAAUGCGAGGAUAAUUGCAGUAGAAUAUACCUACUACGGGAACGAUGGGGGAUGUACUUACUAUUUUCUGUAAUUUUGGAAAAAACUCGAACCUGUGCGCUUUCAGAGCAAGCCAUCUACCAAACUGGUCAAUCCCGUCAAGUGCUGGUGUCCCGCCUACGAACUUUCUAUUUUGUUUUCAUGACGACCGUGUUUACUGCAGCUACAUUACUUCCAUUCAGAAUUAGUUCCAUAAUAAUGAGCUUCAGCGAUCAUCAUGAGGUAUGCACUUUACUAAUUAUACUUUACACUGCACUGUGCUGCACUCUUUAUUUCAAUGCGGUCAGUGACAAAACUUUUUAG